AUGGGCAUAUCGGUGUCCAAAGAAGAGACUUCGGUGCCGGAGGCCGAUACCGUCGUUUCUUCGAAACUGCACGGAAGACAGGCCAGCAUUAGGCAAAGUACUAUCAAAGCUAAAGCUAAACAACCCAUGCCCGAUCCGGCGGAGCUCGAGCGAAGAUUCACCAAAGUUUUGGCUUCUAUGGAUUUACCACCGGACAAAGCGAAAUUGCUGAAAAAUUACGAUUCCGAAAAGAAAUGGGAUAUUAUCUGUGAUCAGGAAAUGGUCCAAGCCAAGGACCCUCCUUCUUAUUAUUUAAAUAAAUUACGAACAUACCUUGAUCCCAAGGCAUCCAGAAGUCACAGAAAACGAAAAAUGGUUCUGGACUCGACUUCGACGCAAGUUCUUAGAGAUUUAGAAAUAUCGUUACGUACAAAUCACAUAGAAUGGGUUAGGGAAUUUCUGAACGAGGAGAACCUCGGCUUGGACGUGCUCAUCGAUUACCUCAGCUUCCGAUUGGGCAUGAUGAGGCACGAACAGAGAAUAGCGGAGUCUCGAACGUCCUCCGAAGAGAAACUGGGAGGCAACGAAAGGAACCAGACCAGCCAAAAUAAUUUGGAGAAGAGCAACGGUUACAUUCGAGCUCCGUUGGACAUGCAAGACAGCCCGAACAUCAAAAGAAGAUCGAAACACGUCGCCAAAUUGAACAUGGGCCAUUCCAAAGACGACAUCCACGUGUGCAUCAUGUGCAUGAGAGCCAUAAUGAACAACAAAUACGGUUUUAACAUGGUGAUACAACAUCGGGAGGCAAUCAAUUGCAUAUCGCUGAGCCUCAUCCACAAAAGCCUCAGAACGAAGGCCUUGGUUUUGGAACUUCUAGCCGCCAUAUGUCUAGUCAAAGGCGGACACGAAAUCAUCCUGUCCGCUUUCGAUAAUUUCAAGGAAGUUUGCCACGAGGCCCAUCGCUUUCAAACCCUCAUGGAUUAUUUCCUCAACUACGAAGUCUUCCACAUCGAAUUUAUGGUGGCCUGCAUGCAAUUCGUCAACAUCAUCGUACAUUCGGUCGAAGACAUGAACUUCCGGGUGCACCUCCAGUACGAAUUCACCGCCUUGGGGCUCGACAAUUACUUGGAGAAGCUGCGGUUCACCGAGAGCGAGGAGCUGCACGUGCAGAUAUCCGCCUAUUUGGACAACGUCUUCGACGUGGCCGCCCUCAUGGAGGACAGCGAGACGAAGACGGCCGCUUUGGAGAAGGUCACCGAUCUCGAGGACGAAAUCGCCCAGAUGCACGAGAGGCUGCAGGACGUCGAGCACAGCGCCUUGGAGAAAAUCGCCGGUUUGGAGACGGAGUUGAAACAGGCGAGACAGGAAAGGGACGAAUUGGUGGAGGGUAAGAAGAAGGCGGACGAGGAGGUGACGACGUUGAGGCGGGUCGUGCAAGAGUCGAAAAACAGGCAAUCGAUGUUCGAGUCCAAAAUGGCCGAGUUGGAGCAUUUGAGUAGCUUACCUCGAGGAUCGUCAAUGUCCGGAAUAGCCGAUUUGGCCAAGCGACCGGCCGAAACGACGGCGACGCCGUCACCGCCGCCCUGCCCGCCACCGUGCCCGCCCAUCGCCCUUUCGACCGCCGCCGCCGCCGCCCCGCCGCCGCCUCCUUGCCCGCCGCCGCUGCCGCUCAAACCGAGCGGUAACAUUCCGCCGCCUCCGGCCGGUUUCAUGCAGGCCCCCGACGGGGCGAUGACGAUCAAACGAAAGGUGCAAACGAAAUACAAAUUGCCGACCGUCAAUUGGAUCGCAUUGAAACCGAAUCAAGUCAGAGGGACCAUUUUCAACGAACUCGACGACGAUAAAUUGCACGGUUACAUCGAUUUUAAUGAUUUCGAAGAAAGAUUUAAAAUAGGCAAUACGAAUCUAAUGUCGAAUGGAGUUAACGAAACUGAUGGACUUCACACUUUCCCCAGCAAACGAGGAAAGAAACAAGAGAAUGUCACAUUGUUGGAACACACUAGAUUAAGAAAUAUAGCAAUAUCUAGGCGUAAAUUAGAAAUGACACCAGAUAAAGUAAUUAAUGCCAUCAAUAUGUUAGAUUUGAAACAACUUUCAUUGGAAAACGUCGAACUCCUUCAACGAAUGGUACCGACCGAACAAGAAACGAAAGCCUACAGGGAGUACGUUAACGAAAAGAAAAACGUCAAUUUGCUAACGGAAGAGGAUAAGUUUCUGUUGCAAUUGACGAAAGUCGAAAGGAUAUCGGCCAAAUUGGGAAUAAUGAAUUAUAUUGGGAAUUUCUUCGAUAGCAUACACCUCGUCUCGCCUCAAGUGCACGCGAUAAUAUCCGCAUCGAAUUCGGUGAAGAAUUCGAAGAAACUCAGAUCGGUGUUGGAAGUCAUCCUGGCGUUCGGUAAUUACUUGAACAGCAGCAAAAGAGGACCAGCAUACGGUUUCAAAUUGCAAUCGCUCGAUACUCUCUUAGAUACGAAAUCGACCGAUAAACGAUUGUGCCUUUUGCAUUACAUUGUUGCCACGAUCAGACAGAAAUUUCCGGAGAUGCUCAACUUCGAUUCCGAGCUGCAUUACAUCGAGAAAGCGGCAGUUGUAUCUCUUGAAAACAUCAACACGGACGUGAACGAAUUAGAGAAAGGCAUGGAGACCGUUCGAAAGGAAGCGGAAAUUCGAGGUAGAGGAAAUCACAGUCUGGUCGUUCGCGAUUUCCUCGCGAACGCCGAAGAUAAAUUGAGAAGACUGAAAAGCGACGCCAAAACGGCUUUGGAGGCGUUCAGAGAAUGCGUCGAAUUCUUCGCCGAAUCGCCGAGAACGACCGAUGCAAAUUCCUUCUUUUCGUUGCUCGUGCGAUUCACCAAAGCCUUUAAGACGGCGGAUCAGGAGAAUGAGCAAAGAAGGCGAUUGGAAAUCGCAGCGCAGAAUGCGAAUAACAAAACCAACGAAGAUGUACAAAAGAGGAAUAAAAUCAACCAGAAAAAACAGCAGGACGCUGUGAUAAACGAAUUAAAGACAAAAACAAGGCUGGUGCACGAGAAGAAGCUGCUCCAGCAGGACGAAGUGUACAAUGGGGCGUUGGAGGACAUCUUGCUCGGUUUGAAGAGCGAACCUUACAGAAGGGCUGACGCCGUCAGGCGUAGCCAAAGAAGAAAGAUAGACAAUAAUAGAUUAUCGAAAACGUUGGAGGAGUUCGAAGUGUAA